AUGUUAGAAAGGGACUGUGAAAAGCAAACACAACCACCUCCGGACCAGCCCUCGGAUUCAUGCAAUUCCAACGAUGGCACACAAAGAGGCACUGUUGCUGCCGACCGGUUAGCGCGCAAGCUAUCCCCUCGUCAAGUUCAGAUGAUUGCCAUUGGGGGAACGAUAGGGACUGCAUUAUUUCUUGGAACUGGAAACGCAUUAGCUAAGGGUGGUCCGGCAUCAAUGCUGAUUGCAUAUGCGGUCUGUGGUGGCAUAGUCUUCAUCACAAUGCUAAGUCUGGGCGAGAUGGUCGCAUUCAUGCCGAUAGCCGGAUCAUUCUGUACAUAUUCAGGCCGCUUUGUGGAUGAGUCUCUGGGGUUCGCCUUGACUUGGAACUACUGGGCUAACGAUGCGGUGUCCGUUGCCUCGGAUAUCAUAGCACUGCAGAUUCUGGUGGAGUACUGGACUGAUGCUUUCCCUGGCUGGGCUUCUAGCCUUAUAUGCCUUGCCUUCGUUCUGGGUUUGAACUUUUGCUCUGUUAAGGUUUAUGGAGAGACUGAGUACUGGUUGUCUCUACUCAAGGUUGUCACCAUAGUAGCCUUCAUCAUCGUCGGAAUCGUUGUGAACUGUGGUGCCAACACCCAACACACUUAUUUCGGCGACCGUUAUUUUUACGUUGGCGAUGCCCCAUUCGUGGGUGGAAUCAAGGGAUUCGCUUCUGUCUUCGUAACAGCAUCUUUCGCCUAUGGUGGAACAGAAAAUGUUGCAAUCACAGCUGGCGAGACAAAAAACGCCGCUCGAACAUAUCCCAGUAUUAUCCGCAACGUCUUCUGGCGAAUAAUCCUCUUUUUCAUCGUUUCAGUUGCCUUGAUCGGUCUCGAUGUACCGUACACAUUUCCCGGUCUCUCUAGCAAGACUUCCGCCACCAGCCCUUUCACAAUCGUCUUUCAAGAAGCUGGCAGCGCCGUAGCAGGAAGCUUCAUCAAUGCCGUGGUGAUCACGAGCGCGAUAUCAGCAGCUAAUCAUGCCCUCUUCGCGGGAUCUCGACUGAUGUACACCUUGGCCAUUGAUGGAUACGCCCCCUGUCAACUGAGCCGCUUGAACCGCUUCCAAAUCCCAUGGCUAGCAGUCCUGGCUACAGCAGUCAUAAGCGCACUAUGUUUUGGAGCCAGCAAAAUCGGCGCUGGUCAAGUCUGGACUUGGCUACAGAAUAUGGUCGGAGUCUCCAAUCAGAUCGCCUGGGCGUGUAUUUGCUUUACAUCCCUUCGCUUCCGUGCUGCCAUUCGCCGUCAGAACUUGGAUCAUCUUCUUCCCUUCAAAAACUUCACGUAUCCUGUGGGCCCGGCCUUCGCAGUCGUUUUGAACAUCCUUCUUGUUCUCAUUCAAGGCUGGUCGUGCUUUAGCCCCGACUUUGAUGCUGUCAAGUUUGCUUCGUACUAUGUUGAGGUAGCAAUCAUGAUUGUCAUGGUCAUUGGCUGGAAAGUGUACAAGAGAACUAAACUUGUGCCCCUGGAUGAGAUGGACUUGUUAACGGAUCAGUACGAUCAUGCGAAAACAGGAAUUAUCGCAGAAACUGACGAACAGGAGAAUUCGCCUUUCUCAAUGUCUACUAUACUAGAAGGGAGACUCCUCAAGCAGGCCGUAGAUUGGCUAUUUUAA